AUGUCUUCAAUUUUCUACUUAUUCUUUUUGAUUGCCAUUGGAGCAUGUAUCAAUACAGAAGAAGUGCAAAAAGUAGUUGCUGCGAAAUGGAUCAAUGCAAUCAGAUAUCCUGCUUUUUUCAAUAUUCUUGAAAGUUUUGAACCUUUGGCGAGAAUAAGUAAAUGUGGAAUAUUGAUGACACCAGGUAAGAUCAACAUAUGAGUUUUUGUAUAAUAGAUAUUAACUUUUAGCUGAUUACAAGAAAACAUUGAUUACUCAAAAUUUGGAUGUUUUCCCACAGAAUAUCUUUAUUGAAAAUGAAAAUUCGUUUAUUGUCAAUUAUCAAUUCUCCAGUCGUAAUCCAAUUCAAAAUCAGAAUCUUCAAAUGUUCGGUUAUCUCAGAUUUGUUCGAAAUCCAGUAAAUCAGCAAUUCAGUAUCAACUUUCUUGAAGAUCAAUGCUAUCGCCCAUAUCCAAAAGUUACCCUGGCAAAUUUGAUUAGAAACUAA